AAAAACAGUGAUGAGAAAGUUUUUAUUGUUGAUUUUGGUUUAAAGAUUACAUUAACUGAUGAUGAAACAUCAAUAGAUAGUCAGAUGAUCGAAGAUAUGAGAAUACCUAUACCUAUAUGUAAUGAGAAUUUCACACUCCCAGGUGGUGGUUCAAUCAAGGAAUUUGCUAAGGCACUUGGAGGGAAACUUUCACAAGCUGCCGUAGACGUCAUUUUCCAGAAACUUGGAUUAAAUAAAAUAUUUACGGAUGGUACCUGUACAGUUGCUCCGUCUCCUACAGAUUGUCCGUGGAAUAUUGACGUAGAGAAAUAUUUACCAGCUAAUAUAAAAGAUAAAGUAACAUGUGGAAUGCCAGAUAAUUGUUUCGGUUUGCAUUGUUGUGUGGAUUUCGAGUUUAAAAUACCAUUUGUUGAUGAACCUAUACACAAGAGUGUUCCAGUAUUCCUGGAAUUCGAUCCUUGUAACUUCGUUCUAAAAGUUGGAUUUGGACAGUUCCAGCACACAGAAACUCUGUUGACAUAUGACUGGGGAAAACCAUCUACAUUAACUAUAGGAAAUGGAGAUCCAGCUCCAAUCACCAUAUCUUUCACAAUAGCCCAAUACCCUAAAGGUUUUAUAGUAGAUCUAAAUGUGAAAGCGUGUAUUCCUAUUGAUGGAACACCAUUCUGUUUCCCUGAAGAAGGUUUACAACUGAUGAAACAAGAACGUAUACCAGCAUGUGAUGCUAGAUCUCUUGCCAAUCUGACUAAUAUCGAUUUCAACUUAAAUGAUUUUAUGAAGGAGGUUGGUGCUGAAGCUGGGCAGAAACUAGCUGCAUCAGCCGCCAGGUUUUUAUUGGAUAAAUUUGGUAUAACACCAUAUUUAUUGGAAGAACGAUGUGAUAUCAAACGACCGCCAUAUUCUUCUAAUACGGACGGCUGGAGAAAUGAUUGCCCGAAACCCAUCAAAAAAUUACCCAAGUUACCUAAAGGAUUGGUUUGUCAUCUGGGAGAUACCUGUACCAAAAUAGAUUGUUGUUUUAAUGUCGACUUCCUAGAUAUGUCCUUCCACGCUUUCCUCAAUAUAGAUACAUGUGAUUAUUUUAUUGAGGCUGCUAUUGAAAAUAAAGAUGUGAAAUAUUCUCUACUUGGUGAUAGUGUUGAUCUAAAUACAGGUAAUAACAUUUUAAUUAUUCUCUGAUUUGUCUUAAUUAAAGUAUUGUACCAUUGUCCAAGCAGGUCCUACAAACCAAUAAAUGACCACCAACAGGCUGUAGUUAGUUCAAUACUAAGAUUGCAUCCUGGAAACGUCACAAACAAAACACGAAAACUAACAAAGAUGUGAAG